GCUUUGCACACUGAGGACUACACUUCCCAGUGGCGCCGGGGACUGGAGUAUAAAUUCCUAGCGGAAAGUUCAGCGUCCAGCAGGACCUGGACUGUGAGGCGCCAAUGCUUGAACCGCCCAGCUCUGGGAGGACUAAUAGUUCCAGGCGUGGCGGAAAGUUGUCUUCUUCUGGUCCAGCGCUGAGAGCACGGCUCCCUGUGGAGAGGACUCUGAACAGUCGGCUUCCGGCUUUUAGUUACAGUUCCUUGAGGCCUCUGGGCAUCUCCUAGUCCGGUGGCAAACAAGUUAACUUCGGGGUCCUGGGACACUCUGGUGGACGACCGCCCCGCCCUUUCCCAAACUGUGGGUUACAAAUCUCAGAAGCCUCCACAGUCCGUAACCUGUUCUCAAUUCCCAGCAGCCACCUAUUGCUGUCCGGACCUGUCGGUUCGCCCAGGUCCUCAGAGAAAGCUCAGGCUCACUGAGCUAUCAAAACCGAGCUUCAUCGAAGGCAUGGAAUGAGACGGCAAAGAAGACUGUCGAGCCGGCCAGACCCUAGCUGGAAUUUUGCUCUUCUGGACUACAUUUCCCUGACGGCCUCGCGGCAUAGCCAUUUCCAGCCAGACUUGGCUGGCUGGUGUUGAGUUUAAAGGAGUUCGGACACAAAGCGUAGAAUCAGAACUGGAGAAGAGAAGAACUGCUGUGCAUCAGAAGUCAUGGGGGAGAGCUUGAAGUUCAAAGAUGUGGCCAUUUUCUUCUCUCAAAAGGAGUGGGAAUGCUUGCACUCUGCUCAGAAGGAUUUAUACCGAGCUGUAAUGUUGGAAAAUUAUAACAACUUGAUCUCACUGGGACUUUCUGAUUCUAAGCCGGAUGUGAUCUCCUUAUUGGAACAGGGGAAGGAGCCCUGGAUUGUUAAAAGGAAGGAGACAAAAGAGUGGUGCCCAGAUUGGGAAUCCAGAAGAGAAACCAGGAAUUUAUCUCCAAAGGAGGGCUGUUGUGAAAUUAAAUCAUUGCAACCAGAGAUAAAAACACCUAUAAGGUCUAACCUUGUGUGUGUUGGGGUCAGAGAUAAUAGUGAAAUCAAAUGCUAUCUGGAGACACAACAGGAUGGACAUUUCAAACCAGCUCUAAUAACCUCUGAAGAAAUGUCUGCUUUCAUUCAAAGCACAGUUUAUAGAGUACCUCAGAUAAUUCAUACUGGAAGGAAGUCAUGUGAAUACAAGGAAUGUAAGGAAAUUUUCAGGUACCAAUCAGACCACAUUCAACAUGAAAGCAGUCAUAAUAAGGAAAAAGACUCUCAAUGGAGAGAAUGUGGAAAAGCCUUAAAUAGUAGCUCAGACUUGAAUAAGUGUCAGAGAAUUCAUGAAAGAAAGGAAAGUAAUGAAAGUAAUAAGCAUGCCUUUAUACAUGAUUCUGAAAUUACUGAACCUCAGAGCAUUAAUACUGGUGAGAAGGUUCUUAAAUGUAAAGAAUGUGGGAAAACCUUUCCUUCUAGCUCACAGCUUAUUAAACAUCAAAGGAUUCAUAUUGGUGAGAAACCCUAUGAAUGUAAGGAGUGUGAGAAGGCCUUUCCAACUACUUCACAACUUAAUUUACAUCAGAGAAUUCAUACAGGUGAGAGGUACUAUGAAUGUAAGGAAUGUGGAAAAGCUUUCACCCGUCCCUCACACCUUUUCCGACAUCAGAGGAUCCACACUGGUGAGAAACCCCAUAAAUGCAAAGAAUGUGGUAAAGCUUUUCGUUAUGACACACAACUUAGUCUUCAUCAAAUAAUUCAUACUGGUGAAAGACGCUAUGAAUGUAAGGAAUGUAGAAAGGUAUAUAGCUGUGCCUCACAACUGAGUCUACAUCAAAGAAUUCAUACUGGUGAGAAACCUCAUAAAUGUAAGGAAUGUGGGAAAGCUUUUAUCUCUUAUUCACAUCUUAUUCGACAUCAGAGUGUUCAUACUGGUGAUAAACCAUACAAAUGUAAGGAAUGUGAGAAGUCCUUUCGUCGUGGCUCAGAACUUACUCGACAUCAAAGAGCUCACACUGGUGAGAAACCCUAUAAAUGUAGGGAAUGUGAAAUGACCUUCACUUGUAGCACAGAACUUAUUCGACAUCAAAAAAUUCACACUGGUGAGAGACCCCAUAAAUGUAAGGAAUGUAAAAAAUCUUUUAUUCGAAGGUUAGAACUUACUCAUCAUGAGAGAACUCAUAAUGGUGAAAAACCGUAUGAGUGUAAGGAAUGUGGAAAGGCCUUUGGUCGUGGCUCAGAACUUAGUCGACACCAGAAAAUUCACACUGGUGAGAAACCUUAUGAAUGUAAGCAUUGUGGAAAAGCCUUUAUUCGUGGCUCACACCUUAGUCAACAUCAAAAAAUUCAUGCAGGACAGAGGAAUGAAUGAAGAUAUGUGAACAUUCAGAAUUUAAUUGACAUCUGAAAUUCUUACUAGUAAAACAGAAACAAACAAACCCCUACAAUUAUAAGGAAUGUGGGGAAGUAUUUAAGGAUAACAGCUUAAUGUCAAGAGUUUGUACUGUUAAUGUAAAGUGUUUAAGGGCCAGAAUGUUAGGAAUUGGGAGGGUUUAUUUGUGUUUCAGAAUCCCUUUGCUAACAGAGAUCAAUUGGUAAAAAAACUCUAUGAAUGCAAGGAAAGUGGGAAAACUUAGGAUGGUAGCAAAUGUGUUAAGAGUCAUUAAUCAUUCAAACUUUUCUCAAUAUCAGGAUCAUUAGCCCUUAAGAGAGAUUAGAGGAUGUAUAACAUAAAUAGCAUAUAUAUGGGACACCAAUUUCUUUAGCUAUAAAGUUACUUAUCUGAUAAUUCAUACUUGAAGGCUAUGUUAAUAUUAAAAUUAUAGCAGAUUACUUUGUCCUUCCUAAAUCUUGUUCAUAUUUGCAAACUCAUUGUCUAAAAUUAGCCUAAACCGAAUAAGAGUGGGGAAAGGUUGAACCAAUGUUUAGUCUUUAUUUGUCUUUAUUAUUAUAACUCACUUCUUAUACGGCAAAUUAUUUCACAAUAUCUAAAUUUUCUCAUUUAUAAAUUAAUAACACCACAUAUUUCUUAGUAGCAUUGUGAAGAUUAAAUAAUUACAUUAUGUCUUUUAUAAGUGUUUGGAUUGUAUUGAAAGUGUAUUAGGUAAGAGAUGCUUUUAUUAUUAUUUUUUACUUUCAUAACGUUGUAUUACUAGAGAUUAAUUUUGUAUUACUAGAGAAUAGGGCCUUUUGGGUUCAUUGACUACAUGAACAUCUUGCAUCAUAUCUUUUUUAUUUUUAUACAUAUUUUUUGCAUUUUUUGGUUCAAGUACAAUUGUCUCCAU